UGACGUCCAGCCUGCUACCACCAUUCGCCAUGGACCUCUCCUUCUUCCUCCUCCUCCUGCUCACCCUUUCGGUCGCCACCCUUAUCUCCAUCUUGGUUUGCCGGAAAACCACCAAGAACUUACCACCAGGGCCGUCGUUCUUUUCCUCUAACCUCCUCCUGCUAACCACUUCUCUGUCGGAGCUCGGACCUAUCAUCAGAAACCUCAAGUCAAAGUAUGGAACACUCCUCACUCUUUCCAUCGGUUCUCAUCCUUCCAUCUUCGUCGCCGAUCAUACUCUCGCUCACCAAGUUCUCAUCCAGAAAGGCGCCAUUUUUUCCGACCGCCCUCAAACCAUCCCCGUACGCAACAUCUCCUCAGCCGCCUACGGCCCUACUUGGAGGCUCCUCCGUCGCAAUCUCACCGCCGAAGUUCUUCAUCCCUCCCGCGUCAAGUCAUACUCAUGGGCGCGAAAGUGGGUCCUCCAAAUCCUAAUUGGUCGCCUCCAGGAGCGGAAGCCAGCGGCGGAGGAGGCUGCCGGAAUAAUAACAGUGGUUGAUCAUUUCCGGUACGCCAUGUUCUGCUUGUUGGUAUUCAUGUGCUUCGGAGAGAAGCUCGACGAUCGUCGUAUUGACGAAAUCGCGACGGUACAACGCCGGGUGCUGUUGUCAGUCGGCUCCGGCCGAUUUAACGUGCUCUCCAUAUUCCCACGGUUGGGGAAGAUAUUAUUCAGAAACAGAUGGAAAGAAGUUGCUCAAAUCCGAAACGAUCAAGAACAAGUGUUGCUUCCUCUCAUAAAAUCUCGAAUCGAAACAGCAAAUUCCGAAACCGAAUCAGUAGGAGACGACGAUCAAAUUGUGGCUUACGUCGAUACCCUCAUAAAUCUCCAUAUUCCGGAGGUGGAGGCCACCAACGGAAAUGGCGGAAACCUCACCGAGAAGGAGAUGGUAAGCAUGUGCGACGAGUUCCUUAACGCCGGCACAGACACCACCUCCACCGCUCUACAAUGGAUCAUGGCAAAUCUCGUGAAGCAUCCCCACAUUCAGAGCAAACUCUAUGACGAAAUCAUUACAGUCGUCGGACCACCACCUCCACCGCCGCCACCGGGGGUGGAACCAGAAUCGGUCAUAAACGAAGACGAUCUACAGAAAAUGCCAUACCUGAAAGCAGUGGUUUUGGAAGGCCUCCGGAGACACCCACCAGGCCAUUUUUUGCUGCCGCAUAGGGUGGCGAAGGAGGUGGAGGUGGAAGGGUACAAGAUUCCGGAGGGUGCCUCCAUUAAUUUCUUGGUGGCGGAGAUGGGUCGGGAUCCAAAAGUAUGGGAUGAUCCGAUGGAGUUCAAACCAGAAAGAUUCUUGAUGAAUGGCGUUUUUGAUAUAACUGGAAGUAAAGGGAUAAAGAUGAUGCCAUUUGGUGCCGGAAGAAGGAUCUGCCCCGGCUACGAUUUGGCUCUGCUUCAUUUGGAAUAUUUUGUUGCCAAUUUGAUAUGGUUUUUCCGGUGGACUGUCGCCGGUGACUGUGAUGUCGAUCUUUCCGAGAAGGCUGAGUUCACCAUUGUUAUGAAGAAUCCUCUGCAAACACGUAUCUUUCCAAGGACGGAAAUAUAACCAUUUGAGUGGAUGUGUGUAUAUCUCUGAUUGUUCUAAAAUAAAAAUGUAGGAAAAUAAGAAGCCGAUUUGAUUUGAACCUGCAUGUCUCAAUUAUUCCUGAUGUCAAUUGUAUUAUGUUAAUGUUUGAUUGUUUCUAUUUGAAAAUUUUGAACACAAAUGUAA